AUGGGUGGCGGGGCACGGGGAGGAGGUGGUUGUGGAUGCUCAAGUAGUAGCAGUGCUCCAUCACCGUCGUGUGGAGGCUCAAAUGGAGGCUCGAGUGGUGGGUAUGCAGUGCCGCCACCUCCACCACCUCCACCACUCCCAUCACCCACCUCGUACGCUGGUGUCCCGCCAGCCGACUACAAAUCAGUGCCAGCACAAGGAAACUAUUUAAAUAGACCACCUGAGCCUGGCUCCUAUGUGGCUCACGAUUUCUCCUCACCCAUCCAACAGAUCACUCACCAAAUCGUUCAGAACAUACCGGCGAGUAAACCUUUCCCCCCGCCACCUCCAUUCUCCCCACCAACGAUCGCGUCAAAUACCGGCCAAUAUCAACAACCGCAACAGCCACCUCCAUUUCAACCACCUCAACCACCCCAACCACCCCAACCUCCUCCGCAAAUCCACGAAACGAUUCACUACCCGGCUCAGCAACCCGUAAAAACUUUCCAAACACCGGCUCAAGUAAUGCCCUCUGGCUACGAUCAGGAGGAAAAUGAUGAGCUAGAGGAGGUGAUCAAUGCAGUGGAUAAAGGAUAUCAAAUGGGCUCAUCCCAGCCUCAUCUCCAACCCCCACCCCGCACACCGUCACCCCCAACAGCAUCCACUGGCUACUAUUCAUCAGUGCGCAACUCAGUGCCUCGGGAACAACGUAUUAAAUCGUACAAGGCCUCUGUGCAGGUAAAAACUUCUCACUAUCAUAUGCCUGUGGAGCAGGGAGCUGAUUUGGCUGAGUAUGAAGAACCAGAUGAGGCAGUUGAGGCAGUUGAGUUAAUCAAUGAACCUCAAGAGAAACCUGUGAAGCAAAUUUUCUCACAAGCUGGAUAUGAUGAAGAACCCGAUGUGGCUGUGAAAAUGGAGCUGGUAAAAGAGCAAGAGGCGAUCGAUCAAUCAAUGAACCAUCUCGAUCAAAUGCGUGAAAGCGAUUACGAUCUGGAGGAAGAGCUCUCAAAGUAUGAGACAUCACCUCGUAUUCUUCCACAUAAACCUUUCCCCACUCCUCCAUCAGUUUCCCGAUCUUUUUCAUCAUCAAUCAAUCCUCCUCUUCCCAGUAUUCUUCCUCAUCCAAUUCUACGAAAAUUCGAAAAAGUAGAUAUCUACACUGGCCCCAUUGAGACAACAACCAUCUCAAUCAGUACAACCAUCACAACCACCGUUGUACCCCCAUGGAAACCAACAGGCUCCAGAACCACCGAAUCCGUCACCCCACCGCCAAUUCUCGUCGACCCAUUCGUGAAGCACUCGUUUACUGAUAGCUCUACUCUUUCCACUAAAGCAACAAUGAAUGAAGAACCAUCAACAGUAGUCAUCGAACCGUCUACUAUAGCUACCGUACACCAACCAGACCUAACAAAACCUGAGUAUGAUCAACAAUCGUUACUACCUACUGUAGGUAUUGUGCCACCGCUGGACCCAAAUAAACCAGAAUAUGACCCGUAUCAACCGUUUAAUCCAACGAAUUUCGACGCAGAAACAGGGGAUUCAGGAUUCGAUGUAAACUUUCCGCCACAAUCCUUUGAACAUUCGGAAUUGGAGGAAUUCGCAGCGGUGACUUCAAAAGCUUUCGAGCCAUCACAUCCCGGGUUUGGGCCUCGAGAUUAUCCUUUAUAUCCGAACGAUUUUUCUAAAAAUGAUCUUGGAUAUAAGUUUUUGAAAGAUUCAGUGACGAAAAAACCAGAAAAUGAUGAGGAAACGAAUCUCACGUAUCGAGAAGCAUUGAUAAAGAAAUUCUCGAAAAAUUUAGGAAAAAAACGAAACUCAAGAAUGUACAAAUAUACCCCACCGAAAGUGAAUCUUCGAGAGAAAAAGUGGAAAGGAAAAGGCACAUUGAAGAGGUUUAUGGAGGAGAAAUUC